AUGGGAAUCUACGUUCGGAGGGGACUUUUUGUCAACCGAAUUGUGCUGGUGGUGAUGUUGCUGCUUGUAAUGCUGUGUCAUACUGUAUGCAAGAUUCAUUCUAUUAAUUGUUCCAUAUUUGAUGAUCCUCAUCCUAUUCCUCAUGAAUUUUACCAACCAGGAGAUUUUGUCAUUGGUGGGAUUGUUUCUCAAGUCUUCUUCCUCUAUAAUAACCUCUCUUUCACGGAGCAGCCAGCACAAAUAUUGAUUGAUGAACCAAUAUCAGUACCUAAGAACUACCAGCAUAUUCUGGUAUUAGCAUUUGCUGUCAAAGAGAUCAAUGAGAAUCCCAACAUCUUAUCAAAUAUGUCUCUGGGGUUCCGCAUCCUCGAUAGCUACUAUUCUGCAAGGAUGACCUAUAAAGCCACCCUGAGCCUGCUUUCUGCACACCAUAGAUUUACCCCAAACUUCAAGUGUGACAACCAGAGCAAUCUGAUUGCUUUCAUUGCAGGAUGUGUCUCUGAAAUCUCUGCCAACGUGGCAGUCAUUUCAGCAGUCCACAAGACUCCACAGGUCCAUUACUUUCUAAGAAGAACCAUAUUCAACAACAGUGUUGGAGACACUGUGCAUUUUGAUGAAAAUGGAGAAUUAGUUACAGGUUUUGAUGUUACAAACUGGCUGAUGUUUCCCAAUGGUUCAGUGGUUAGAGUGAAAGUUGGAAGACUGGAACCUCAGGCUCCUCCAGGCAAAGAGUUAAUCAUUAAUGCGAGUCAAAUCGUGUGGCAUCAAAGCUUUAAUCAGGUGAUGCCAGUUUCUGUAUGCAAUGAUAACUGCUAUCCUGGCUAUAGUAGGAAAAAGAAGGAGGAAGAGAAAUUCUGCUGUUAUGAUUGUGCUCCAUGUCCGGAAGGGAUGAUCUCUAAUCAGAAAGACAUGGAUGCCUGUUUCAAAUGUCCAGAAAUCGAGCACCCCAAUAUUGACCAAACUCAAUGCAUUCUCAAGGUCCUAAGCUAUCUGUCUUAUAAAGAAGAUUUAGGGAUCAUCUUAACUAUUUUGGCUAUUUCCUUUUCUUUGCUUACAAGUUUAAUCCUUGGAACGUUUAUCAAGCACAAGGCCACUCCCAUUGUCAAAGCCAACAACCAGACCCUCACCUACAUCCUCCUCAUCUCCCUCCUCCUUUGCUUCCUUUGUUCCUUGCUUUUCAUUGGACAGCCUGGAAAGGCCAUCUGCCUUCUGCGACAAACAGCCUUUGGUUUAAUCUUUUCUGUUGCCCUUUCCUCUGUGUUGGCAAAAACUAUCACGGUAGUCCUGGCAUUCAUGGCAACUAAACCAGGAUCCGAGAUGAGGAAAUGGGUGGGAAAAGGACUAGCAAACUCUAUGGUCUUUUCCUGUUCCUGCAUUCAAGCAGCUAUUUGUAUAGUUUGGCUACUUACUUCUCCGCCAUUUCCAGAUAUGGACAUGUACUCAUCGAGUGGGGAAAUUAUAUUAGAAUGUAAUGAGGGUUCGCCUGCUAUCUUUUCAUGUGUGUUGGGAUAUAUGGGUUUCCUUUCCAUUCUCAGUUUCAUUGUGGCUUUCCUAGCCAGAAAGUUACCAGACAGUUUCAAUGAGGCCAAAUUUAUCACUUUCAGCAUGUUGGUGUUUUGCAGUGUUUGGUUAACUUUUAUUCCAACUUACUUGAGUACCAAAGGAAAAUACAUGGUGGCUGUGGAGAUCUUCUCCAUCUUGUCCUCUGGUGCUGGAUUACUGGGUUGCAUCUUUUCCCCAAAGUGCUACAUCAUUGUGCUGAGGCCUGAGCUGAACAGCAGGGAACAUCUAAUAAGGAUGAAGAAGUGA